UUCCGUCCACAGAAACGGACGGGGAUCAUCUACGUAGGAUUGAAAACGAAGAAAAAAGACCGACCGACCGACAGACAGACACAAACCGACCGACUAAAAAUCAUCCGCCCUCCCCGAAAAGGUAACAGUCAUCGACAGCCCUUGGCCACGUUCACAACCGGUUUUCGACAGAUCAUUGCGGUUUUCGGUUUCGGAAGAUAGACGACGUCGGCGGCAAGAAUUGAGCGCAUAAAACACACCAAACAUUCAGCACUAAUUAGUCCCAACGGAGAAGCCCAAAGCAGGAAGCCAGGAGAGCCGGAGCUUAUGCUCGACUAAAGUACGUGAUUGUGGUAACGGUUUUUGUGUAGGACCUUCGGCUGCCCUUGGCUGUCCCGCUCUAGAACCGUUCAAAACCGGUGCAGACUCGGUCCAUAGUUCGCAAAACAGCUGUAGCUGAAUGCCAAAAAUCUACGACAAGUGAAUUAAAACAGCUUCCCCUUUUCGGUCUGUAAUUUAACACGAUUUUCCUGUACCGAUAGUUCUCGCACCUCCUCGGUCCAACGAGAACGAGUGCAUCCAGUGCAACUCGACACGUUCCGGGGGGCCCGAAGCGGGUACGUGUUGCAACACCAACACCUUCUCCGUCCCGUCCCAAUGCCCCAUAGGUGGUAGGUGCCAAACAGCGUGACACCUCGGUAUUUGAAGUAGAUACUCCGGAACAAUUGAGCAGACUAAGCCCACCGAACCACCGAACUGACCGACGAGCAGCAGCAGUCAGACUCAGCCGGGUUCGAAAAUUGUAAUUCCGGAAAUGAUCCUAGCCGGUGAUUUAGUAUUCCGACUGCAUUCCGUGGUUCUGUUUCAAUGCUUCUGCACGGCCAUGGUCGCAGUCGCAGUUUUGGCAGCGGCGAAAACUUCAUCAUCAACAACAACAACAACAGUCGAUUCCGUUGCCGUUGGUGGCAGUGGAAUUAUCGCCGGUUCCGGAUCCCUCAACGGGAACUGCAGUGAUAACAUCAUUCCGAUGGUAUCCGCCGGUGGUUCGCGAACCCGGGCCAUCUACGAUGACAAACUCCGUCCGGUUGCGAUGCAAAAGUAUCACCGUCUUUCGGGAGAACUCGGACAGAGCUGCUCGAACACGGAGGAUUGUCGCCCGGAUGCAUACGAGUGUGGUGACAUAAAGCAGAUUUGCGAAUGUGCCCCAGGAUACCGACCGGAUGAUGGCGGACGAAGCUGCGUCGGAGCCAUCGGAAAACGCUGUCAGUACGACGCCCACUGCAUCACCAACGCUUACUGCAAAGGACAAAUGAUCUGUACGUGCAAGCGCGAAUACGAGUAUCUCUCCGAGGAUAAGUGGUCAUGUCAAGCGUCAGCAGCAGAAUCGUUACUGCGAAUCCGCCGGUCAGCAUCGCCGCCGCCGCCGCCGCCGCCAUCGUCGUUGUUGUCGUCUUCAUCCGUGCCACCGUCGCCAUCGUACCAUUCAAUGUCCGGAAAAUCGACUCCGACGAGUUGGUGGCUGCCAUCGUUGUCCCAGUCCUGGACCCUGUUGGCAGCGCUGCUGGGCUCGGGAGGCGGAGCAAUCAUUAUUCCACUUGUUCUCGUUAGCAGCUGGCAGUUGAAGAUAAAUUUAUUUACAGUUUGAUUGGAUUAAAAAUAAGCAACGGCAGUCAGAAGUAGGACCAGCACCAGCAGCACUCACUGCCAGUAGGAAUUGGUGCCCGAAUCCCUUCCGGAAAUGUUCCGUUUCGUAGUUUCCUUCCCCUUUUUCUCGUAGCUACUCCGUUUCGGUUGGCUACCGUCAUUUAAGGGCGCUGAAAAAAGAACUCUUCUUUGUACUGCCACGCUGAUGUCGGUCCUGCUGCUGCUGCUGGUGAUGCUGCAGCAAUCAUACAUUACGAAUCGACGAAAGCCGUUUUUCCUGCUCGAAGAUGCCGAAAAUGUCGGAUCCCGUUUGGCACUGGUGGAUUACGAAGUAGUGACAAAUUAGCUGAUUAAUAAAAACUCACACA